UUGAAGCCUCAAAUACUAACAGCAAAGUCUGUGCCUCCAUUUCUUGUUUUGCUAAAUAUCUUAUCCUCAUUCACCUUUCCUCCAUCAAUGGCGAAGCCAAUCGUCGACACGGAGUACCUCAAAGAAAUUGAGAAAGCUCGUCGCGACCUCCGCGCUCUUAUCUCCAGCAAAAACUGUGCUCCUAUCAUGCUUCGCUUAGCAUGGCACGAUGCAGGAACGUACGAUGCUAAGUCGAAGACCGGUGGACCCAAUGGUUCCAUCAGAAAUGAGGAAGAGUUCAGUCACGGUGCUAAUAAUGGAUUAAAAAUCGCUCUUGACUUUUGCGAAGCAGUGAAGUCUAAACAUCAAAAGAUAACGUAUGCAGAUCUGUACCAGCUUGCAGGAGUUGUUGCAGUUGAGGUCACUGGUGGUCCGACCAUUGAUUUUGUGCCUGGUAGGAAGGAUUCCAGUGUUUCUCCAAAGGAAGGACGGUUACCAGAUGCUAAACAAGGUGUGCCGCAUCUGAAAGAUGUAUUUUAUAGGAUGGGUUUGUCAGACAAAGAUAUAGUGGCGUUAUCUGGUGGUCAUACACUGGGAAGGGCACAUCCAGAGAGAUCAGGCUUUGAUGGUCCAUGGACAAAGGAGCCACUGAAAUUUGACAAUUCAUAUUUUGUGGAGCUGCUUAAGGGGGAAACUGAGGGCCUGCUGAAACUUCCCACAGACAUAGCUUUAUUGGAUGAUCCUGAGUUCAGACAAUAUGUUGAGCUGUAUGCUAAGGAUGAAGAUGCCUUCUUUAGGGAUUACGCCAUAUCACACAAGAAACUAUCUGAGCUAGGGUUUACCCCAAGUUCUGGUUCCAAGGCUACAGUGAGGGAUGGCACUAUAUUAGCACAAAGUGCUGUAGGAGUUGUUGUGGCUGCUGCAGUGGUGGCACUGAGUUACUGGUAUGAAGUGCGGAAAAGGAUGAAGUGAAUUGCACAACUACAGAUUGCAUUCUUACUGCCAUAAUUUCAACAUUAAUGAUGAACUGUACCUUAUUUUUAUGGUCUUACACAUUUUCUUCAAAUAAUACCCUGUAGUGUCGACUAAAUGGAUUAAUACAAAAAUAUAGUAAACCGGUUGUAUCAUGGAAUUAAUGUUUAUAUUUGAUUCCCGCACUUCUGGAAGGUUUCUGAUUUCAACC